AUUACCGCAGCUUUGUGGCUUGGAAGUAACAAUUAGAAACAAAUGCCGAAACAGCAGGGAGUGAGUUGACGUCGCAAAACAAAAUUUGAACGAAUCGAGCUUCAAAUAUGGCGCCGUUUAGGCUGCGUUCCAAUUCGUUAAGGGCUUCUCUACACCGCUUCCUUUGCUGCUGYAUUGAAUGAAACUGCGUUAAAGCUGAAUAUAUAAAUGCAUUUUAUUUCGUAUAGAUAGCUGUGAUGUUAARUACUCCGUACGCAUUUUCGCUUAGUAUGAUUUUUGAUACAAUAAAGUUACAACAGAGGGAGGACAGUCGCAAAAUCGUUCAAAACCCAAAGUUUCAGAAUACGUCAUAAUAAAGCGCCUUCACAAUCUCGUUCCUAUGGAUACGAGACUUUUAUUUACGGAUAGACUCAACUAUGGGCUCAAAAACACAGCUAGAAAUUGUUGGCUUAAUCAAAGACUCUAAUUUUCACGUUGCUAAAAGUAUUGCUGAGGGACUACAGCAAAACUUUCCCGAGGAAUUUCUGGAUCCCAAAUUUCUGCCACUUUUUGAAUUUGAUUGGCAUGAAUAUCUGUGUAAGAAAAAACAGGAGCUGCGUGGCGAAGUGUGGCAGUACUCCAGCAGCCUGAUGUGCUUUCUGAACGGCCGUCUCCUUGGGGAUGAGAAGCAACUUGCCAGCUGGGCUGAGAAUCAGCGGAGUUUCACUCUCGCUCAGCCGCAGACGYUUUAUAAAGCUCUCGCUGAGGACUACUAUAUCAAACACCUCAAAAAUACAGGGCACCAGUUUGUCUUCAUGGAUAUAGAUGUGGCUGGAGAAGCAGUGGGGAGGUUAUGGUUUGAGCUAUUCUCCGACGUGUGUCCAAAGACAUCAAAGAACUUUGAGGCUYUGUGCACAGGAGAGAGAGGACUGUCACAGAGCGGACUGCCGCUCCACUACAGGACAUCGCUGUUUCAUCGAAUUGUGCCCAACGGCUGGGUGCAAGGUGGAGACAUUUCUCCAGGCAGUAAAGGUAACGGUGGCGAGUCAAUCUAUGGACCAACGUUUGAAGAUGAAAGCUUUGCUGUCCCCCACUCUAAGCGGGGAAUUUUAGGAAUGGCCAACAAGGGUCCCCACAGCAACGGGUCCCAGUUCUACAUCACCUUGCARCCAACUCCCUGGAUGGAUAGAACCUAUGUUGCCUUUGGUCAGGCGAUUGAGGGUGUCGAYGUUCUGAGGAAAUUAGAAGAGGCUCCAAGUUGCAAUGAAAGACCAAAGUAUGAAUGUAAAGUGACGGCUUGUGGAGUGUUAAAACUGUAGCACCAAGACUUUUAUCUCUUACUUUAUGCUUUCCCCCUGUGUUUUUGAUGCUGUAAAUAAAGCUGCAGCACAAAGAUGAGA